AUGGAGAGUUCAGCUUCUAUAAGGCAAAACCCUGUUGAAGUCUUUCAUGAUGAUCCUUAUGAAAAUAGCGUCACUAAAUCUUUUCAAAACCUAGGAUUGAGAGAUCACAGUGCGGCCAAUUCAAGUUCGUCUGUUCGGACACAAUGGUUGUCUCCAAACUCUGUCUGUGAUCGUCAAAGUAUAUGGGGUUAUUGUUUUUUCACUCAUGAUGAAGGAGAUGGCUUCGAAACGAGCAGGGGCUUCGGUUGGGAUACGCGAAAUCAGACUCACGAGCACGAUCGUUUUGCAGCGGGCCCGCUUGCGCUCGGUUACCGAUUCACGGGAAUCGAAGACGAUAGUUGGAGUGGAGAAUGGUCCGGCUACGAAUUCGACGCGUCGCGAAUUCGAACCAUUCUAAGAGGCGAACAAUGCGAGCUGAAAGAGACGCUUAUAUGCUCUCUCCAAAGGUUCGUUUUCGCCCUAAUGACCGACGAGAAGAAAUUCUUCGUUUUUAAAAUGCUCGUCGAUGCAUGCAACGGCUCGCACUUGGACUCGCUCGUGCACAGUAUCUCGCUCGAGAGCGAACUUUUCGUCGAGGCCGCAUUUCGUGAACAAGGAGUCAAAUCGAUAGGCAAACUUAUCAACAAGGUCAAGAAAUCGCGCCACGCUUUUAUCUUGACUCAAAUUCUUUCGACUCGGUUCUUUGAUUUGAUGACAGAUAAUACGGCAAGGAAAGUGAUCCAACAAUGCUUCAUGCUUCUCGGUCACGAACAGAAUGAGAUACUCUAUGAGAGAACAAUAGUUCUUUGUCGCGAAUUGGCCACGCACAAAAUCGGGUGCAGAUCGUUAAACGAAUGCAUCGACACAAUCGCGGGAAGACAAAGAUCAAUACUUCUCAAUGAUAUUGCAGAUGCCUCGGAAGAUCUGUCGAUCGAUCCAUACGGGAAUUACGUGGUGCAGAAAGUACUGGAUCUGAAGAACAGUGAUGUCACCUCUAGGAUAUUGUGUGUGCUAAGAGGAAAGCAUAUUGUAUUAGCUCGAAACAAAGUCGGCUCGAAUGUAGUUGAAAAAUGCAUGAUGUGCUCGGAAGUUGGGUUGCUCGAUGUGGUUAACGAACUGUUGAGUGAUCCCAAAACACCCUUUCAACUCGCACAAGAUCAUUUCGGGAACUAUGUAAUUCAAAAAGCCUUGCUCAGGACAAAGGAAUCUGAUGAUUUGAGAGAAAUGUACAAGUCGAUGGUGAAAUUGCUCAAGCCUUACAAGAAAGAACUCGAACGAACGGCGGGUGGAAGGAAUGUGAUGAAUCUUAUUGUACGAGACGAGGGCUCUCGCAGCACGGUCUGUAGGAACACUGUCGAGAAUCGAGAUUUUUUCGCUUGUAAAAAGAGAUUAUAA